AGCGGGUCGCGGGUCGCGGGUCGCGGGUGCAGAGCGGCGACGAUGGUGCUGGAGAGCGUGGCCCGCAUUGUGAAGGUGCAGCUCCCUGCGUAUCUGAAGCGGCUCCCCGUGCCUGAAAGCAUUACCGGGUUUGCUCGGCUUACAGUUUCAGAAUGGCUUCGGUUGCUGCCUUUUCUGGGCGUGCUUGCACUCCUUGGCUACCUUGCAGUCCGCCCAUUCCUCUCGAAGAAAAAGCAGCAGAAGGAUAGCUUGAUUAAUCUUAAAAUACAAAAGGAAAAUCCCAAAGUUGUGAAUGAAAUAAACAUCGAGGAUCUGUGUCUCACGAAAGCAGCUUAUUGUCGGUGCUGGCGUUCCAAGACAUUUCCUGCUUGUGAUGGUUCACAUAACAAACACAAUGAAUUGACAGGAGACAAUGUGGGUCCAUUAAUACUGAAGAAGAAAGAAGUGUAAUAGUGAUAAAACGGGGAAGAAUUGAAUUAUGUGCUGUAAAAUCUUAUAACAAUAUUUUCUCAUUCUUUGUCUAUAGGAAAUCUUUGAAAUGGUGGUCUUAAUUAUUUCUACUGACUGGAUAAUUAUUUCUGCCAAUUUAUUUUCUUGCUACACUACUGUUUAUAUUUGGUACUGUCAUUUAUAUAAACAUUAAAUUGUAAAGUCUCAUUAUGGCUUCUAAGAGUUCCUUUAUCUUUCAAUAAUAAAAUCAGCAACUUCUCAACACUUAAUUGGGAUUAGCUAAAUUGUUGCUAAUGGGUCUAAAAGUGCUUGUUUGUAUAUCAAUAUUUUCAACAGAAAGUAUAGUAAUUUUUUCCCCUACACCGAUAAUUAUAUUAUUUUUCAGUUGUCUUGUUUUGGGCAUUUGAAGUGAUUUUUUCUUCUUGACCUCUCACAGUUCAUUUUUUAGGAGAUAAAUAUUGCCAUCCUGAAUUGCCUGAGUGUUUACUGUGGUGUAAACUCUUACCUUUAUAGAGGUUCCUGUAUAAUUUAUACGGAUAGCUCCAUUUCAGGAAAGAAGUAAACUGGAUAUAAAAAACUCCUACCAGGAACAGCUAUUUAUAUUAUAAAAGAUUUGUUUAGUUUACAAAAGUCUUGUUUGUAUCUGUUUAUGUGUAUAUUUUGUGUGUCUAUGGAGCUGUGACUUAAUAAUGGAGUGGGCAGGGCUGGCAGCACAUACCGCUAACUCACAGCCUGCAGUACUUUGAAUUAAAGUCAAUUAGAAAUCAAAUAAACCCGAAUUCAUAUGAAAAUGAUAGUAACUUCAUGUUCAAAUUGUAUUUAUGUGAACUUUUUCCUGUUUGAAGCAGUGUAAACCAUAAAAACAUAAAAUACAAAAAAAAGUUUGCAAAAUAAACUGGAAAAUCUAAUUUUCA